CGACGACAAGGUCUACGAGCUCUACGACCGAAUCGUCAUGGCGGAGGAGCCUCCCAGCCUCGAAGUACUGCAAGAGUUCGCCAUGUGCAACUGCUGCGGCCCGAAGCCCGGCGGGGCCCGACACCGCAACCGCAUAGAGGACAUCAGGGUGCGGAACUUGUUACUUCCCCUGGCGCGGCGAUGGAAAGAGGAGAUACGAAAGUAUGACACAGCCACCAUCGCUUCCCUCCGGGCCAGGACGGCAUCUGCUGCGCGGCCACCGCUCUCGCGCUUCAGGCCUCAUAUCGAAGAGCCUGAUCAAGACGUAGCGUCCAAGCUGCGCGCUUCCCUGUCGAAAGACAAGGGACUGAGGGACUUCAGCAGCGGCCGCAUCUACAUCUACUCCCGCGAUGAGGACCCCGGGUUCGUCAAGAUUGGCUGGACCUCGUUCUCAGUCCAGAGUCGUCUCGAAGAGUGGGCCAGCUGCGGAUACACGCCCAGAUUGGUAUACUCAUCCAGAGAGAUUCUGUUUGCCCAACGGGCAGAGACGCUCGUCCACUACGAGCUCACCCCAGAGUGGCGGGCUGAGCGUGUCUGUCAGGGUUGCCGGCGAAGCCACCGCGAGUGGUUCGAGGUCGACCAAGCCAGGGCCAUCAGGGUCGUCAAGGACUGGGAGGAUAUCAUGACGCUGGAGAAGGUCUACGAUGACAACGGCCGCCUUGUGGACAGCUGGGCUCGUGUCCAGAGGUCACUAGUAAAUGUGGGCAUGGAUAUCACUGCGAGGCGUCUACUAGAGCAUCGCAGCUCUCUGCUUUCCAAAGUAGCUUCGCCCCGUGCGAAACCUCCCAAGCCCGUAGGCAAGGCAUUCAGCUUCACGAACAACUCGCUCGGAAUUCUGGCCGACGUCUCCACGUCCAUUCCGCCUUUUCCACAACGGUAUACGUUCCUCCCUGCGGCCAUGGUAUCUGACGAGAAGUCGCCAUCGUCUCCCAUGAUCAAGAAGGAAUCAACGCCAGAAACUCCUUUCGGUUCUUCAGCACCGGCGAUAAUGUCUCGCUUGCCGGCUGCACCGCGUCCAGAGCAAGGCCAGCCUCCCGCAAACGAUGCGACCCCGGCUUUGGCUUCUGCGAGCACGACCCAAGUCACUGAUCGUCAAGAACUGCCGACGUUCAUCUUCAGACCUGUCAAGCCAGGAGCAAUUCUACCAGCUGUGGCACCAGUGCGAGGGCCUUUCGGCACCAAAACCAGCGCUUUUGAUACCCAAGCGUUUUCGAAUAUCUUCAAUGUCCCUGAAAAGAUCCAAGAAAAUCAGUCGCCCAAAGCUCUGACGCCGGUUUCCGAUAAGCAAAAUGGCAGCAGUAAUGAACCUGACCCAAGUGCAGAACCGGUCCCCAGCAAAACCUCUUCCCGCCCGUCCUCCCAGACCAUGCAGGGCUCAUUGGGAGUGAACACACCGGAGAUGUUCAAUUUCAUGCCAAGAACGACAAAAGACGAGGUGGCGGGCCCAGACGCUGUGGAGCCAGAUCUGAUUUCGGACUUGAACACACUCAAGCUGGCCGACGAGGAAACAGAAAGUCGUCUUCGUGUGCUUUCGUUCCUGGCAAAUAGUCCUCGACGUCUUUGAGAUUGGGUCGUCCGAGCAUGGUUCUCAGACUCACCAGAUUAGGAUACGAU